CUCUCCUCGUGCCUCCCUCCACUGUCCCCUCCCCCACAACCUCUCUCUCCCCACCAUCUCCUCCCCUGACUCUCAACAAAUCGAGCGAAACUCCCGGCAAAAUCCGACGAAUUCAAGGCUUUCCUGACCGAUCCGGCGCGAGGAUUCCUCAGUUCGUCUUGGUGUGCUGUGGUUCGUCUUCUUGGAGCAGAGGCACACGGGGUGUGGGUGUUCUUGCGACAUUUCGGUCGGUUCUUGGUGGCCGAGCCGAGGCUUUUUCCUCUCCUCCUCCGCGCGAUUCGGCCGGGCUUCGUCGAGGGGGUUCCAACGCGGCCUAGAUGGUGGCGAGGAUGAUGCGGUGGCCGCGGCCGCCCCAGGCGCGCAAGUUCCGCGUCCGGCUGGUGGUGCGGCGGGCGGAGGGGCUGCCGCCGUCCGUGGAGCCCGCGGGACAGGAGCAGAGGGUCGCGGCGGAGGUCAGGUGGAAGGGGCCGAGGGCGUCCGGCCUCGGCUCGCUGCGGCGCGCGGUGCGGCGCAACCGCACCAGGGGCGAGGAGCUGGCCGCCUCCGGGGCCGUGGCGUGGGAGGAGGGGUUCGAGAGCGCCGUCACGCUCGCGGCCGCGUCUCACCGGGAGGCGGCCGCGUUCCAGCCGUGGGAGCUCGCCUUCACCGUCUUCACCGAUGUGAACAAAGGCCCAAAGACUAAACCAACAAUUCUGGGAACCGCUUCCCUUAGCCUAGCAGAUUAUGCAUCAGCAGCCGAAGAGGAUAUUGAGAUAAUUCUCCCUUUGUCCGUGCCCUCUGGUGCGCCUGAGUCUGCUCCGUCCCUUCAUCUCACUCUGAGUAUGGUGGAACUGAGAGCUCAUCAAGAAACCUCUGACGCUUCACAACGGUCUGCUGUGGCCGCUCCGUUAUCCCCGUCAUCUUGUGAUUCUGUCCCUGGAGGAAAAGAUGAGGUUUCAGUCAUUAAAGCAGGGCUAAGAAAGGUAAAAAUCCUCAGGCAUAUAGUGUCAGCUCGACGGUCCAAGAAGACGUUCCAAAGCGAUGAAGGCAGUGAAGAUAAUUGCUAUAUUCACAGUGAUGGUACUGAAUAUCCAUAUGGUACCGAGCCUGUGGAUGAAGAUCUUGAUGAUAGAACACAUGAAGAUGAAGUUGCGGAUUCAACUAUCAGGAAAUCGUUCAGUUAUGGUUCACUGCAGUCUGUCAACCAUGUUGGUGACCAUGAGGACUGGGUCUAUUACAGUCACCGGAAAUCUGAUGCCGGUUACCAUGUAGAUGAACCACAGUCAUCAACUGCUGUGGGAACUGUGUUGCCAGCUGUAAAACGGAGUAUCCUUCCUUGGAGAAAGAGGAAACUGGGUUUACGGUCACUAAAGGCUAAAGGUGAACCUCUGUUGAAGAGAGCAAAUGGAGAAGAGGGAGGUGAUGAUAUUGACCAUGAUCGACGGCUGCUAACCUCUUCCGAUGGAUCACAGCGAUCAAGAAGUGAAGAUGGGUCAGUUCAUGGUAUGAUGUCAGAAUUUGGCGAUGACAAUUUUGUUGUGGGGAACUGGGAAUCAAAGGAGGUACUUAGCCGUGAUGGUCAUAUGAGGCUUUCUUCCCAGGUGUUCUUUGCGUCAAUAGACCAGAGAAGUGAGCGGGUUGCUGGGGCGAGUGCAUGCACGUCACUUGUGGCUGUCAUUGCAGACUGGUUCCAGGCAAAUCAGAAUCUGAUGCCUAUCCAGUCGCAGUUUGAUAACCUGAUCCGAGAAGGAUCACUAGAGUGGAGAAACCUUUGCGAGAACAAGACAUACCGAGAGCGUUUUCCUGACAAGCACUUUGAUCUUGAAACUGUCCUUGAUGCCAAGACCCGGCCACUCACAGUCUCCCCCAGCAAGUCAUUUAUCGGAUUCUUCGUACCCGAAGGAGCUGAUGACAUGGGAGGACUUGACUUCCUCAAUGAUGCCAUGUCCUUUGAUAACAUCUGGGAUGAGAUCAGCCAGGCAGCAGAGGCCUCAUCCAGUGACAACCCUAACCUAUAUAUAGUGAGCUGGAAUGACCACUUCUUUCUCCUCAAGGUUGAGCGUGAUGCAUAUUACAUCAUCGACACGCUUGGAGAAAGGUUCUACGAAGGAUGCAGCCAGGCCUACAUUUUGAAAUUUGACGACACCACCAUGAUUCACAAGGUGUCCGGCGAGAAGAAGGCGCAACCUAGCCCCGACUCAAGCGGGCCGCUGAAGGGUUCUUCAGCGAGCUCCUCGUCGGGGCAGGACAGCGAAGACGACGACGCCGAGGAGAACGUACUCGUGUCGAAGGGCAAGGAGUCGUGCAAAGAGUACAUCAAGAGCUUCUUGGCGGCCAUACCGAUCAGGGAGCUACAGGGGGACAUCAAGAGGGGAACGGUGGCAUCAACACCGCUGCACCACCGCCUCCAGAUCGAGUUCCACUACACCGAGGCGGUCCCGGCAGAGGUUGCCCCGCCGCCUCAAGCCCUCGCCAUCGAAGCCCCGUUCGAGUUCUCGUGGCCCGAGCCACCGCCGGCGAUGGAGCUCGCCCUAGCACCCGCGGUCGCCGUCGCAUAGCUUGCCACUGCGCUGGCUGAGUUUUUUCCAUGGAGGGGAACCUACUCGAAGAUUUUGCUGCCUUUUUUCCCCCUGUACGUGCUCGUUCAUGUCUAAUAUGACCUGACUAGUAUAGAGUUCCUGUCACAGGCAUCGGAGCCAGCCGCCUGCAUUUGUACAAAGAGGCGAUUGCUCCUGCCUAUCUUGUAUUAACCGACCGACCUUUGUAAUCGCGCAUAACCCUUGUACUAAUCGAUGAGGAAUGCCAUCAUGUUACUCAA